AUGAAAUUCGCAAUGGAGCCAAGAAAUGGAUCCCGUAUGCGAAAUCGCAAGACAUCCGAGAUAUGUGCUCAAUGUCGGAACCGCAAGGUGAGAUGCGAUGGCGAUCCCAAAGGCUGUAACAAUUGCAAGAGGCUCAAGUUCAAUUGCUCUCUUCUGACAACAGACUCCGACAACGCGCUAGAGAUACUAGAAAGACGACGCGUAUCUAGGGCGUGUAUACCUUGUCGCGAUCGCAAGCUGAAGUGCUCUGGCCAGAGACCGACGUGUUCAAGAUGUUCGGAUCGAGGAACUCUUUGCCACUACCCUUCAGCCGCAAGGGCUAACAGUCAUGACGCUGGCCCGUUGCCUGGUGGUGAACCCUCGAUUACAGCGGGCAGCACCCCAUCAGCCCCAGAAUCCGACCACCGUGAAUUUCAGCACUCACAGGCUCAAAGACAACCAAGUCGUCAGCUUUGGUCGGGCUCGAUGCCAACACCAGCACAGAUUUCACAAUGGGACCUAGGAAUAGACAAACAAACCGUCAAGCAACACAUCGAUGCCUACUUCGACCUAAUACACCCGAUACCAUGUUACAGUUUUCUCCAUAGAGCAACCCUGUUACAAUCGUGGUCAAAAAACGAGCUAAAUCCGUGCGUGCUAUCCGCGAUAUGCGGGAUCACAUCGCGGUUCAUCAAUCCAGGCAGCUCCGAACAUAGAGCGAUGGCAAAGAGAUGGAUCGAAGAUGCAGAGUCGCACCUGCUCAGACGAGUUGCCCAGCCUCGGCUAUCAGAUAUCGAAGCAUGGCUUCUCGUUACACUAGACCACUACCUCUCGCAGCGCGUCAGCAAGAUGCUCGUCUCGAUGGCUCUAACAUCGAGGCUCGCCUACAUCCUUAGACUGAACCAUGAAGAUCCACGCCAGAAGUUUCUAAUGCAAGAGCGUCGCCGACGACUGAUGUGGGCCAUCUAUAUCAUGGACUCGUUGUACUCGAGUGGGAAGACGGAGUUCACAGCAUGUACUCCAGAGACUCUCCACAUCCGGCUGCCAUGCGCAGAAAAGUCGUUUUCCAUGGAUGCUCCAGUAAUAACAGUGCCGCUGCACUCGAGUUCUCAUGAAGAUACAUCCAAUAUUGGUCUGCUUGGCUACUGUAUUCGUGUUUUGGAUAUUCGCAAUCGCGUGCAAAGACUUACCCUUACGAUCACGAAUCACCGAGAGCCUAUCGAUCAGUGCCUGCUCGCAGUAGAGUCGAUCGAAAACGAAUUGCGCCAAUUUUCAGCUAGUUUGCCCGCACGAUACCAUUGGGACCCAGCAGCCUUCUCUCUGCGGGCCUUUUCGCCUUCGCGUACCCCCUUUCUGAUGCUGCAUGCUUGGUGGCAUCAGACACAUUGCGACCUCUUCCGCUUCACCAUUCCUGGCUUCCGAGAAGGUCUACCGACAGCUGAGAUAUUACAGCUGUCACCAGAAUACACCUCAGCAUGUCGCGAAAAGUGCCUGUACCACGCCAUAUCCGUUUCCAAGAUCCUUGAGGUACCUAAGUCAGUUGGUGGAUCGGAGCUGAUCAGUGAUCCUUCAAUCGCGAUGUGCGCUUUCCAUUCUGCGAGGAUAAUCUCAAGACUUGGACAGUACCCUAUGGGCGACAUGCCACAGACGGAGCUUGUCGCUCGAUUGACGGCUUGUGCUGAGGCCUUGGAAGAACAGGCAGUGAUCCUUCCCACAACUGCGAUCUUGAAGAAGGGCAUUUGCGAUCUGGUAAAUGAUGCCCAGCGCGACCGCCACGGGCCUUACGCAUGCCCUUCAAUAUGGGAGGAGGAAGAGUCAGAGAGCUACAAUACAACUGGAGCUUCUAGAGAUAUUAGUGGCUCCGGGGCCAGAGAAGUCUUUUCCAAGCACAGCGUCACCGAAACGGUUCAGAACCUUCAAUUUCAACCCGGAGAGCAAGGCGAGUGUGAAGACCAUGGAAACUCUGGGCAAGCACCUUCAGAAAUGACAUUUGGGAAUGAAGCAGGGCCUGCAUCGACGGCGAACUUUAUCUCUAUGAGCAUCUCGCCGCUGCCUGAGCCAGUCACUCAGGACCAAACAGAUUUUGGCCUUUACCUCGGGGAGUCUGAGCCUCACUUGGACAGCAUAUUUAAUUUUGGGCUCCACGGGCAGUAUGGCUCUGGGCAGCCUGAUGUUUUCAUGGAUUCAUUCUGGCCUCUUGCAGAUACAGAUUGGACCAUGCCAGAUGUUGGUAGUAUGUAA